AUGAUCAAGGCAGUCAAACCCAAGAAUGCCCGCGCGGCGCGCGCCAUGAAGGCUCGCGAGCCCCAGCAGAACGAGAACCCCAAAACGACGCUGUUCGUCACCGGCAAGAAGACGUCGCAGAUCCUCAAGCUGGCCUCCGCCGACCUCGCUACCCUCAAGCGACCCUUCGUUGAGCGCUUCACGAAGAAGAACGACAUCCACCCCUUCGACGAUGCCUCCUCGCUCGAGUUCUUCUCCCUCAAGAACGACACCUCGCUCCUCGUCCUCUCCCUGCACUCUAAGAAGCGCCCGCACUGCCUGACGCUUGUCCGAACAUUCCAUCACAAGCUCCUCGACAUGCUCGAGCUGUACAUUAACCCCGAGACGUUCCGCACGCUGCAACAAUUUAAGAACAAGAAACCCAGCAUUGGCCUGAAGCCCCUAAUCUCGUUCCACGGCACACUCUUCGAAGACCCCAACGAGACAAAAUACACCCUUGCCAAGAGCUUGCUUGUUGAUCUAUUCCGCGGCCAAGACACGGAGGAAAUCGACGUCGAAGGCUUGCAAUACCUCAUCAGCGUCAGCGCCGAGGAGCCCACUGACGCCCGCCCCGACCCAGAGAUCAAGCUGCGUUUCUACCUCCUGAAGACCAAGCGCAGUGGGCAAAAGCUGCCGCGCGUCGAAGUCGAAGAGAUGGGCCCCCGCAUCGACUUCACCGUCGGCCGCGAGCAGUUCCCUGACGCAGACAUGCUCAAGGAGGCCCUGCGCAAGCCCAAGGGCACCGAGGAGCGGACGAAGAAGAACAUCACGACGGACGCUAUGGGUGACAAGGUUGCCAAGAUUCACCCGGGCAAGCAGGACUUCAACACGCUGCAGACGAGGAAGAUGAAGGGUCUGAAGCGGAGUCGUGAUGACGACGCGGGUGGAGAUGCGCCGAUGGCCAAUGCCGACGCUCAGGAUGGAGUCGAUAACGAUGCGCUGAAGCAGGCGCUGUUGAAGAAGGCCCGGAACCAGUAG